AUGGAGGAAGAACAUAUCUCAUGCCCCUUUUGUGGGUUUCAAACUGACGGUGAAUACCAGAUCAUGCUCCAUAUGGAGACCCAGCAUCCGGAAGGAGGCGAAUCACCAUUCAUUGUCAAGGACGAUGCCAGUAUUGCAGCCGUGCUGUCUUUGAAUGCGGAAGAUGACGGCAGUGUCCAAUAUGCCAGCUGUCCCGUCGAUGGCUGUGGAGAAGCAAUCCUGAUCACGGAGCUCGAUUCCCAUAUCGAAAUGCACGGCGAAGAAGAGGACCAGGACACGGAUCAGGAAAUCAUUUCUGGAUCCAGGGAACCUGAGGUCAAAGACGGGGUCAAGGCCUCGUUUGAUACCAAGCUUUCGCAUCCCCUUCGGAACUUGGAUGAUCGUGGGAAGGCGUCUUCUUCGGGAAGCCCUUCUGAGGACCCCCAAGCAAGCGCAAGAGCGGCAUGGAAGAACCUCUUAAAGAUGCCGGAACCUACCUCGAAACCUGUCUCCGCACCUACGGUAAAAGGUGCUCGUCGGCGUCUAGGGAAAGCAGAGCUUGGUCCUCACGCCAACGAGAAUCGCAUGCCAUCUUGGCUUGUGAAAUUACUUGAGACGGAUGGUGAGAUAAGGAGUGUUAAUAGGCUUGGUCCGGAGGGCAAACUGAAGAAAGUCAAAGUGUCUGUGAACCACGCAGCGGGCAUCCUUCCCGUCCUCGAACAACUUCUCAAUCAGGAUCCUUCGACGGAAUUCGCGUAUCUGUGUCAUCCUGCUGUUAAGCACGUCUCAAAACUUAGGAGAGAAGGUGGCUUCUGCGGCUAUCGUAAUAUACAAAUGAUGACCUCCUACAUCAUUGGUGUCGAGUCCCAGGGAUACGAACAUUUCAAUGGAAAAAUCCCAACUAUCUUUGAUAUUCAGGACUAUAUUGAAAAUGCCUGGGAUAUGGGCAUCAAUUCACAGGGCCGCAUUGAGACGGGUGGUAUUCGUGGGACGAGGAAGUAUAUUGGGACUCCGGAUGCACAAGCAAUGUUCUGUGGUCUCGGUAUAUCAUGCGACGCCCAAGCAUUCAAAACUAAGAAAUCCGGGACUCCGGCAGACCAUCUCCUCUUCCAAGCCGUCGAACGCUACUUCGUAGAUGGGUGUACCUCUUUCUCCGCCAAAGUCCGCCUCACCUCCCUUCCACCCCUCUACUUCCAACAUCCAGGCCAUUCAAUGACGAUAAUCGGCAUCGAGCAAAAACGCGACGGCUCCAAAAUCCUCCUCGUUUUCGACCCCAUGUUCCACGAUGCCUCCAACGUUACGAAAUUGGUGAAUCGCACUUUUACGCAUAAGGCACCCGAAGAUGUAUUGAAGGCUUAUCGACGGGGUGUAAAGUAUUUGGGGAAGUAUAGUGAAUUUGAGCUUUUGAGGUAG